GGUGGUGUAUCGCGGCGGUGGGUCGAGUCGUCGCCGCUGCUGCUGCUUCUCCGGUUGGGCACUUUUAGGACUUCGCCCCGCUCCUCAUUCUCCGCUCAUAUUAUCGGGACGUGAUCCGAACGCGUUCGCUAAGAUGGCAGCGAUGGCAAGGCUGGAGGGCCGCGAGUUUGAGUAUGUGAUGAAGAAGCGCUCUGUGACGGUGGGUCGGAACUCGUCGCAGGGCUCGGUGGACGUGAGCAUGGGCCACUCGAGCUUCAUUUCCCGGCGGCACCUGGAGAUCUUCACCGCCGCGCCGGAGGACACGAGCCCCGGAGGAGGAGGGGAGUUCUAUCUGCGGUGUUUAGGGAAGAACGGGGUGUUCGUGGACGGCGUGUUUCUGCGGCGGGGGGCGCCUCCCCUACAGCUACCGAGACUGUGCACGUUCCGGUUCCCCAGUACGAAUAUAAAGAUCACGUUCACGGCGCUGGCGAGCGUGAAGCGUGAGAAGAGAGAACCCGAGUCUCCAGUGAAAGCCAUUCAUCCGCAGAUCUCUCCUCUAACCAUCAACAUUCCAGAUAACAUCUCUCAUCUCAUGAGCCCUCUGCCCUCACCCACUGGUACUAUCAGUGCUGCUAAUUCCUGUCCGUCCAGUCCGCGUGGUGCCGGGUCGUCCGGGUACAGGAUGGGCCGAAUCGUGCCUGACCUACAACUCAUGAACGAAAACUCACAGUCUGAGAUCGAUAAAGACGCCUCGGAAGGAGACAGUCCAAAGGAUGACUCCAAACCUCCAUACUCAUAUGCUCAGUUGAUCGUUCAGGCGAUCACGCUGGCGCAGGACAAGCAGUUAACACUAAACGGCAUCUACACACACAUCACCAAGAACUACCCGUACUACAGGACAGCAGAUAAGGGCUGGCAAAACUCGAUUCGUCACAAUUUGUCACUGAAUCGGUACUUCAUCAAAGUCCCACGCUCUCAGGAGGAGCCGGGUAAAGGUUCAUUCUGGAGGAUAGACCCCUCGUCUGAGAGUAAACUUGUGGAGCAGGCAUUCAGGAAACGGCGGCCACGAGGUGUCCCCUGCUUCAGAACCCCGCUGGGACCACUCUCGUCCAGAAGCGCUCCGGCAUCACCCAAUCACUCAGGCGUUCUCUCCGCCCACUCCAGCGGUGUCCAGACCCCCGACAGCCUAUCUCGAGAGGGCUCGCCUAUUUCCAUGGAGUCCGAGCCCGCCCCUGCCCCUGUCCCAACCCCUGCUGCUGCCACCAUCCAGCCCAAACUAGCCGUGAUUCAAGAGGCCCGUUUCACCCAGCACACCACAGCAUCUCCGAUCGGCAGUCAGCCGGUGUUGAUCGCGGUCCAGCGUCCGUUAGCGCAGACGAUCAAACCAGUCACGUACACGGUGGCCACCCCUGUCACGUCCUCCAUGUCUGCGCAGCCGCUCAUGCAGACGGUGCAUGUGGUGCAUCAGAUCCCAGCUAUGGCGGUUAGUACUGUGACCGCCAUCAAAACAGAAAUGCAGGAGAACGGAGAACAUGAGGAGGUCAAAGUGAAGGUAGAGGCGGUCCCCGGUAUCUCUCACGCCUCUAUAGGCUCAGCCAAUAGUGUCAUUCACACCACUUCUGCGGCCACGCCCCUUCAGACGGUUACCAUAGUGCAGCAAGCCCCAUUGGGCCAGCACCAACUGCCAAUUAAAACCAUCGCCCAGAAUGGCACUCAUGUAGUGCCCAUCGCCACAGCGAUAAAGAGCCAGACCAACUCAGUGUCGAGUCCUUUACAUAUGUUGGCCGCCCACGCCUCGGCGUCUGCCUCCCUCCCCACGAAGCGUCAGAACGGAGAAAAAAAAGCGAGCGAUCCACCCGAGAACAAACGAUUGAAAACUGAGGAAGACGAGCAGAAGUCCACGUCUGACGCGAACGGAACCGCUCCGCAAACAGACUCCACCCACAACCAGCACGGCAACCACGCCUAGUUACUCAAAACACAAUGACACUUUCUGUCCAUCUCUGCCAUGAGUUCUUUCCUUUUUCUCAUUCUGCCAUAACUGUUUCUCUUCAACUCACGGUGCCAAAAACGAAGCUUUUACGUAAAAAAAAAGAAUAUGAAAACCCAAUUGAAAUGUAAACAAAUGCAUCAAAACUUCAUGCCGGAAUGUGGGCAAUUCUUCUGACAAGCUGCCGGUUUUCCGUGUUAUUAAUCAAGAGCCGACUGAACAAAGACUUGCUCCUCAAAACAGAACAACUGCCAUGUGUUCCAUGACUGUGGGCAUUUUAUCACACACUUUCAUAAACUCGGAGGUUGACGUUUGAUUGGCUUGGAUUCCGUUCUGAGUAGUAAUGGUGUAUUUUUGGAAUUAAUGCCCAAAUAUGGAAGCAUCUUCUACAAAACGCACAUCAUCUGGGAGGGCUUCCAGGUGAAGAAAUGUUGAUCCCAACAAGAACAAGAGACCCGACUUAAAGGAAUAGCUUACCCAAUAAUGAUAAUUCUGUCAUUUUCUCACCCGCAUGUCAUUCACUUUCAUUAUAAGGAAAAGAGCUGUCAAGAUAUUCUUCAAAAAAAUCUCCUUUUGUGUUUGAGGAAAGUAAGAAAUGAAGUCAUACAGGUUUGAAAUGACAUGAAUUUUCAUUUUUGGGUGAACUGAUGCUUUAAUCUCGCUCUUUGGGAAGUCCAAGCCUGAUCUUGGAACCCAACCGACUUCAGGAACUCCGGAACUCGUGUUGUUUACAGUCGACUGAGAAUUACAGAACUCUGACUUGUGGAAUCUGAAUUUCCUCAUUUUGACAGCGGAACACGGGCUCCAAUCCAACAUUCCAAAGUUUGGCAGCGCGCUCGCGGAGGGUGAAAAGCCAACGUGAUGUCCUGGAAUGGAACGACGUUAUGGAAUUACACACCGAGAACCACAAAUAGGUUUUUCACAGCCCAGUGUCGAGUGUGUGUUGUUUAUUUGUUUGUUUUUUUUAAACGGUGCUUGCUAGGAAUGUGUGUGGAGACCUGACGUCAGCUAAAGAGAUCAAAAUAUUCGGCAGCUAGUCCAUCGUACGCAAUGUCUGACAGCAUCCCCUACAAUUUAUUAUUAAGUGGAUAUAUGCCGUAUUUUGUCGUUCAUACGUGCGCCUUAGGAUCUGGGCGUGUUUUCAUUUCUAGAGACAUUUUAAAAAGUAAUAAUCAUAUAUAUAUAUAUAAUAAGAAGCAUACAGGCAGAAUAAGUUACGGGACAUUUGAAAAGUUGUUUGUGUCUCUUUCUGUUGUGAAACUUUUCUAAAAUGGACAAAAAUGUGUGUAAAAAAAAAUUUAUUUCCUUGAUUUUGUUGUUGUUUUUAAAUCUGUCAAGUACAGGCAAACCUGGGUUGUUGCACCAAUGUAUUUUCAUACUUGCACAGAAAACAGAGUGGACGUGUCAUUUCCGAUUUCAUCCAACUUGCAUGUACCGGACGAGAGAAACUUACCUGAGCCGUCAAUUAAACAUGUAAACAAAAGAGACCAGAUCUGCACUUGAUUAAACCAUUUUGUUUCUUUUUUCUCCUGUUUUCUUUAGGCUGUGUUGGCGUUGUGGUGUAGGCUGGUUCUGUCUGCUUUUAAUGAUUUGAUUCUGUUCAGUCUGCUUACAGAUUAUAUGUUUCAAACAAUCGGGAAAAAAACAAGAUUGAUGUUUAAUAAGCUUCAGUGGGUAAAUGCUUUUUUUAUAUAAAUUAAUUUAAAACCUUG